UUCUUACAAAAUCCAUAUAUACAAAACACACUUGACAUUAAGCAAAAUCCAUAUAUACAUAUAUACCUCGCAAUAGUUAACUAAUUAUGGCACUUAUCUUCUCCAAGAUAGGCAUCAUCGGAGGUGGCAUAAGCGGCUUAGCUGCAGCCAAACAGCUCUCCGAACACAACCCGAUUGUGUUUGAGGCCACCGACUCCAUUGGAGGUGUUUGGAAGCACAGCUCCUUUAGAACCACCAAGCUUCAGACCCCUCGUUGCGACUAUGAGUUCUCUGAUUACCCAUGGCCACUUAGGGAUAACACCAGCUUCCCGACAUAUACCGAGAUACUGGAUUAUCUCAAUUCUUAUGCCAAACACUUUGACUUGUUCAAAUUCAUCAACUUCAACUCAAAGGUGGUCGAAAUCAGGUUAGCGAAGUCCAAGGACCCGAUGUCAGAUUCCCUGAACAAUCCCUCAACUUUGCUGUCGUCUGGAAAACCCGUUUGGGAGGUUGCUGUCCAGACUAGUGGCUCCACUGCUAUUCAGUGGUAUGGUUUUGAGUUUAUCGUGAUGUGUAUGGGGAAAUAUGGAGAUGUACCAAUAAUACCAAAGUAUGGGAUGAACAAAGGCCCAGAAGUGUUUAAAGGGAAGGUGAUGCAUUCUCAAGAAUACAGCAAACUCAAUCCAGAGGAGUCUUUCCAGCUUCUCAAAGGAAAGAAGGUGGUGGUUGUCGGCUACAAGAAAUCAGGCAUUGAUCUUGCUGUCGAAUGUGCCGAAGCUAACCAAGGGGAAGAAGGGAAAGCUUGCACCAUGGUGGUUAGGACUUCUCAUUGGAUAGUUCCACACUACUCCAUCUGGGGUUUGCCAUUUUACUUGUUCUAUUCAACCAGAUUUUCUCAGUUCCUCCAUGCAAGACCAAAUCAAGGCACUCUCAAGACACUCCUCUGCAUGCUUUUAUCCCCUGCGAGAAAAGCAGCAUCCAAGAUCAUCGAAUCUUAUCUGCUAUGGAAGCUUCCACUUGUCAAGUAUGGACUAAAACCAGAUCACCCUUUUGAGGAAGAUUAUGCAUCAUGUCAGAUGGCCAUCUUGCCCGAAAGCUUCUUUCAUGAGGCUGAUAAGGGUAAAAUAAAUUUCAAAAGAGCUUCAAACUGGUGGUUUUGGGAAGGUGGUAUUGAGUUUGAGGACAACACCAAGUUAGAGGCGGAUGUUGUGCUUCUUGCCACCGGUUAUGAUGGCAAAAAGAAGCUUAGAGAUGUAUUGCCUGAACCCUUUCGUAGUUUCUUGGAAUUUCCUUCUGGCAUGAUGCCCUUAUACAGGGGUACGAUUCAUCCAUUCAUUCCAAACAUGGGUUUCAUGGGUUAUGUGGAAAGUGUUUCAAACCUCCAGACCUCAGAGAUACGUUGCAAAUGGUUAGCUCGAUUGGUGGGUGGUAAGUUUAAGCUACCUAGCAUGGAGAAAAUGCUUGAACAGAUAACAACGGAGAUGGAAAUAAUGAAGAACACAACCAGGUUUUACAAGAGGACUUGCAUUUCCACUUUCAGCAUUAAUCACAAUGAUGAAAUAUGUGAAGAAAUGGGAUGGAAUUCUUGGAGGAAGAAGAGCUGGUUGGCUGAAGCCUUUAGCCCUUACAACAGUCAAGACUAUCAAGACCAAAUUUGAUUCAUUUGAUUAUAUACCCUUAUUAAUUGUGCCUGUUUGCUAUUACCUUUAUAUGUUUAAUUAGUAUAAAUAAGCAAGUAUGCUUAUAAAAAGCAAAAUAGAAUAACUGUACUCGUGCUCCUUUACAUAACAUGGAAA